AUGGAGGACAUACUGCUACAAAAACUGACCGAAAGAGACGCUAUUGAGAAGAACUUCUCUGAAUUAUUCGAAAAGGCAUCCGCAUCACUAGAUAAACCUGAGACUCAAGGGUCGCACGAUCCACUCACAGCGUUGAGAAAAGAGCUGGAAAAUUGCGAAAGAAGUAUUGCUGACCUAGUGGCUACGUUGAAACUGAAAAAUAAGGACUCGGAACGGUUGAACGACGAGAUUAUUACAUUGAACAUCGAAAACAACUUGUUGCAAGAACGCUACGAAAAAGUGAGACGCGAGAGAGAUGAAAUUGUUACGAGAUGGCUGAAGAAAGCGCAGCUAGAAGCUGACACCAUGAAUGAGACCUUGGAGUGA